AUUCCUAAAAAAGUAACGCUACAGCCCUGUUUCCAUAGUAACAAAACUCUCGACACAGUCAGACGUUUGUUUUGUCACUCCCUGCAAGUUAGCUCGAAAUCCAUACUCGGGUUUUCUCCGCACUAUUUUUGCCGGUGUCCAGAUUUGCAAACGCAGAAUAGCUGGUAAUAAAGACAACAGUAGACAUGAACACUGACACAGAUCGCCGACAAAACGACCAUGGCGUUGGCAAUGGUGAUGAUGAUUCAACAAAAGCUGCCCCGACUUCCCAGAUUCCUGGGCUCUCUGACGAUGCUAACAAUGGUCCUGAGGAGAGGACUAAAGGACGCCGUACUGGAGUUAAUGAGUCCGAUUCUGCUUAUACUAAACUGGCUAAACAAGGAGGACAGAGGGGUAAAAACGGUUUAUUGUGGCACGAGGAGACCAAUUUGGACACCAAACCUAAUUCUGCAUCAUCUUACAAAGCUCCAAACUGGUUCUCUGGAUCUCCAAAAGCUCAAGAGCAAGCAAGCCCAACCGAGAGCUUUCAAAACUACAUGUCAACUAAUGCUCCCUUUGGGAGUGAUAAUAAGUCAACUUGGGAAAGGGACUUUGAUGACAAAGAGAAGAUCUCUCCUAACAGCCAGAUGGAGAACUUGUCCUUAGCAUCAGGAAAGAAUGAAGAUGCAGCAGGCAAUUUCAAGAAAACCCCAGCAGCCCCGCUACCAAUUGAUGGGGCUGAAGAAAUAUCUCAGAAAUCUCAGAAUUCGACCCCUGUCAACAUGUCUACGCUCUUGAGCUUUGGCUAUUUAGAGGACCAGAAAGGGGCACCAAAUACGCAUUCAUCAAGUUCCAAGGAGUAGAAAGGAGCAAAGGCAGUGACGCACGACUCAAUGUUCUCCUCCACAACGUUCCUUCACCAGGUUUUGCCUGUUCACAACCGCUCAUAGAUCGAUAAAAGCAGUUUGUUUAGGUUCAAGUCAGAGUUAAGGCACUCUUGUCAUGCUACAUGUUUAUUCUUGUCCCUAGACGUAUACACAACUGCAAAACUUGAUUCUGUUAGAUUGCGCUCACAGACCCACUCUGUUCUGUGCCUGAAGUUGCUAAUGAACUGCAUUUUCACUGUAACACUAACAGCUAAUGUACUAGCCUGAGCUAUGCUCUUGUUCAUCUGUUGUAGUUUGGGGAAUGAUGGUUUACUUUUAAAAGGUGUCUAUGGCUUAGAAGGGCUCCUCUAAAAAUGCCUGCUGUUCUGAAGUGUUAUGUCUUUUUGUGUGUGUGUGUGCCUCGUUAUGGUUGCUAUAAAGAUUUGUUUUAAAGAAAAUAAAUGUGUUGUGCAUGGAA